GGAAUAUACCACGGAAAUAAUUUUGCAAUACCUCCGCAGCAAAUAUGUCACAGAAUCAGUCGUAUUUUUGGCAAACCACCAGACACAAUGUCUACCUGAAGCGUUCGGCCAAAUUACAUAUGCUAUUGGCAUUGAUGGCCGUGCUGACGUUCUCCACUAUAUGCGUGGCAGAGAUCGAUGCAGCCAAGAACCUUGAUGACACGGCACUAGAAAUGGGCAUAGCCACGAAAGUCUCCAACGAUGAUGCGAUACUUGUUAAAGAUGAACAAUUCGAUAUUGGCAAUGAUUUACCAGCUCAAGAUCCAACAAUGGAAACCACCAAACCUAAGGCCGGCUUUCUCGAUGCUUUUACAGCAUCGAUCUCUGUAAUUCUAUUUACAGAGCUAGGAGAUAAGACUUUUUUCAUUGCAGCCAUAAUGGCUAUGCGUCACCCACGUCUGGUCGUCUUCACAGGUGCCAUUACGGCCUUGGCCCUUAUGACGGUCCUAUCGGUGGUGUUUGGCGUGGCUGCAACAAUUAUUCCUAAGGUUUAUACAUAUUACAUUUCAACAGCAUUGUUUGCCUUUUUCGGUUUGAAAAUGAUCUACGAGGGUUACUUCAUGAAGGACACCGAUGCCCAAGAGGAAUUGGAAGAAGUUCAGGCAGAUUUACGUAAACGUGAAGAUGAGUUCCUUCGCACAAAACGUGGCAGCGACAGCGAAACCAAACGCAAAAACAGCAAUUCGGACAAGGAAGACAACGAUGUGGAACGCGGCGCGGGCGCCUCAUCAUCCACAACCAACGCAACGACUGCUGCUGCUGCUGUCUUGUCCACUACCAAGAACCCCGAAAUGCAACACCGUCAACGCAAACAACUCUCAUCGAAUCAUUCAUCUAGCAUUACAAGCAACGGCUGUGAACAACCGAACAAAGACGUCGAUAGUGUCCAUGAUGCUGAUAUUGAUAGUGGCGAAGCUGAUGCCUUUCUCAAGGGCAACAACGAUGAACACAUCAAAAUGUCCACUUUCCACAGCAGCCCAGCAUUAUCGGCAUCCGCCUUAUCCAAUCAAACGAAUCAAACCAAUUGUGAUGAUAACUCUAGUAUUAAUAAGCUUAGAUUUAAUGGAACAACAAGUAAUGGUGGUACCCCGCAAAAGCGUGGCGCCAGUGGAGCCGAUGUGCUGGUUCAUUCAAGCUCCGCAAUGGCCAAUAUGAACAAAUCUUCGUCCUCGAACAAAUUGAAUGGCGGCCCAAUACUUAACAACAACAACUCAACCACCAUCAUCAACUCGAACAAUAAUAGUAUCGAUAAUUUAAAUGGCACUGCUGGUCAGUCCAAUGGCGAUUUGAAACAAUUUGGCGGAAGCAAAAAACGGCUGGAACGUGAUGUUUCUGCUAGCUUAAUACAGGAUCCAGAAAGUGGUGUAGUACGUAAGAAUACGAAAAAAUCGGCAGCAUAUUUAACGACACGUGUUUUGAUGCAAGCUUUUACAAUGACCUUCCUGGCCGAAUGGGGUGAUCGUUCUCAAUUGACUACGAUUAUUUUGGCCACAACUAAGGAUGUUUAUGGUGUUAUUACCGGUGGCGUUAUUGGUCAUUCCAUUUGCACCGGUUUGGCUGUGAUUGGUGGCCGCAUGGUGGCUGCCAAAAUUUCUGUGCGCACCGUUACCAUUGUUGGUGGUAUUGUGUUCCUUGGUUUUGCCUUGUAUGCCCUAAUAGCAAAACCAGACGAUUUGUAA